CCUGGUGGUGGUAGUGCACAAACGGUACUUUCCAUGUCAUCAAAGCUGUCACAGUACGGAGGCAUCGGAGCGUGAAAAGAGAAUCACGUUGGCAGCAUUAUGACUUGUUAUCAAUCGCCGAGUCAACACCUUUGCUGAGAUGCUGAAGCUGAAAUGACAUGGAAAUGACACAUCAUGGACCAAACCUUAACACCUACCUCUCUUAACUGAGCCACAUGCAACAAAUCAAUGACAAGUCAUCUCAAGGCAAACAGGCAACCAACACAACUGUUCAACCACAAGAUGAGGACUUUCAUUCGUUAAUGUAAUUACUGUGACACUGAAAAAAAGGAAAUAUUUUUCUUUGUGGAAACCUCACUGACAAAAUGCAUCAUAUCAAACAUUUCCCUCAAUAUGAACAACAUGUACACAACUUUAUGAAACAGUUGCUUCCAAAGCUUUGAGAAGCAGACGUGUAUCUACUGAACAGACGUCAACAUGAUGGAGACCAUCGACAUCCCCUCUCCGGGGUCCGGUCUGAGAACUGCUUCUCUCACCCUCACACAGAUCCUGCUGCUGAAUGCAGUGGUGUGUGGAGUAGAGAUCUGUGCAUGUGCUGGCUUCACAUACAUCCCACCGAUGCUACUCAAGGUGGGCUACUCCGAAGAGACCAUGAGCUUCAUCUUAGGUCUUGGUCCUCUCCUAGGAUUUUUAAUUGUGCCCGUCCUGGGCAGAGCGUCUGAUCGCUGCCACAGUUUUUAUGGUCGACGUCGCCCUUUCAUCUUUGCCUUGUCAAUGCUCUUACUUGUCUCGCUAUAUAUGAUUCCUUUUGGGGAGUACUUCAUGACAGUGAUAUUUGGCUACAGUCAUUUGAGUAAGGUGUUGGGGAUGUGGUGUUUGACUCUGGGCUCAGUGCUGUUGGACUUCACCAGCCAGGCUUGCCUGACCCCCUGCGAGGCCCUCCUCAACGAUGCUUCCAUGGACACAGGGCAACAUGGACGUGUUUUCUCCAUCUACUCCACUAUGGUAUCACUAGGAGGUGUUUUCGGUUACCUACUCACAGCAAUAGAUUGGAAAUCUAAUUCCCUUGGGGUCUACUUUGGCUCUCAGGAAGCCUCAAUAUUCUCAAUACUGAUCGUUGUGUUCACAAUAUUAUUAGCUGCCACCCUCAUAGUAGCUGAGGAGAGGCCUUUAGCAUCACUGGGUCGACAAAACUCAUUGCAAGACACAGAAGGAAGUCUGGGGAAUUCAAAAGCACAAGAAUCUGGCUACAGUAGUUCUUCCUCAGAAGAUGUCCCAUUAAGUAUUUUAUCAAAUCAUAAGGCCAACUUACAGACUUCUAGUCCACUGCGCUCUGAGUGGAGGAGCAGAGCAGCACACACGAGAUCAAAACUGCGUUCUGUGAUUUUCGGUUUCUUUACUCGCGGUCGCUUCUUAUCAAGCAUUUGUGACUGUUUUCGACUGAUUUCCUGUGGGAUAUUUUCUUUGUUGCCACAACAACUGCAGCAGGUAUUUGACGUUCCCAUUGUUCUAAGAUACCUCACACUAGCCCAUUUCUGUUCUUGGACAGCUCUGAUGGGCUUCAACCUGUAUUUUACCGACUUUGUGGGGCAAGCAGUCUACAAUGGUAACCCGAAUGCUCCCAAUGGCUCCCCUAGUGAGAACCUUUACGAUGAAGGAGUGCGAAUGGGCAGUUGGGGGCUUUUGCUACAUUGUAUAACAUCAGCAUCAUAUGCAUUUUUCAUCGAAAGAUUGGUUGACAAAUAUGGAUGUCAGUUGACUUAUCUGGUUGGAAUGACAUCUUUUUGUUUCGCCAUGAUGGGGAUGGUGCUCUUCAGGAAUGUGUAUAUUGUGAAUAUCAUGGCUGCCUUGACGGGAUUUGCAUAUGCCACAGUUACAACUAUUCCUUUUAUAUUAGUGUCAAAAUAUCACAUCGAAAAAGAGAUAUAUUUCUUUGAUGUAAUGUCCAGUGGCAAUCAAUCUUUGUCAACACGAGGAAUAGCUACUGACAUGGCUGUGUUAGACUCCGCCUACUUCCUGUCCCAGGUCGUGCUGGCCGUCGCCAUGGGCUAUAUCGUCCACAUGACCGGCACUGUCUAUGCCUACAUGGUGUGUGCUGGCAUCAUGGGACUCCUUGCUUGUUUCUUUAUACAAAAAGUCAUCAUAUCUAAGUCGGACGUCCGAGCUCUCAAGAUGAGUGAGAGGCAAAACGUCAUCCACAGCUGACCUGAAGUCAAUUAGUAUACUUGGUAGUGGUUUUAACACUACACAGGCAUUUUAGGAUAUAUACUCACCGCCAAAAGAAACAUGAACCAUAGAAACAUAUAGAGACGUCGGUACAUUAAGAAGAGAUGUUUCCAAUGUGUACCACUUAAUGACAAAACUAACAAUCAGUCUAGUGUUCCCACAGAGUUCUAUUUUCUUAUCACGAUAUGCUGCACGUGAUUUCCAACUUUUACACACUAAUGGUGCACAAGACAAAUGGUGCAUCUCGAGUCAUGGAUCUAUGACGUCACAUGUGAUGCGUUCAUGAGCGUCGGUUCACACAACAUACCAGCAUGUUUGUUUGUGCAUCGAACCAAUCUAAUAUCUCCUGAAUAUGAGUAAAUCUUCAUAUAUUAACCAAUAUGUAUGGCAUUCAUGUUUCUUUUAGGGGUGAGUAUAUCUUGUAUCCAACAUGGGUCAUGAUACAAAAUCUAUUACAAUACGAUGAUUAGAUAUGUCCUUUUGUCUUUGUACUAACAGAGUGUGUCAACUGUUGACGAAGAAAAAAAUAGUGCCUCACAGGCAGCUUGGGUUUUGUACAUCCCAGGGAGCUGAGAAUGCUAAACGAGUGCACACUGAUUGAUAGACCGGGGUAAUGUUAGUGCUUUGAGCAUGCACCUUGUGUAUGGAGUCUGGCACAAUAUAAGUACACAUUAUUAUUAUCAUUAUAUAUGUACUUUUAUGAUGAUUAAGAAUAUAUAAUAAUGGAAAUAAUAAGGGAACCAAAGAUUAAAAAAAGAUGUUACAUUGUCAAAUGAUAUGGUUUCUUUUGGGUACAAACAAUAUAACAUACAGGACAUAUAUUAUCUUUAAGACUGUUCUUUGUUUUUAUGUUGUUUAGUGUAGUCAUAAACUAAUAGUCAAACACCCUUGUGUCAAACUUUGAUGUGUCAAACUAAUUGGUUUUCUUGAAGUACCGGUAAAUGCUUGGUCCCUGCAUAUUCCUUCUUUAUUCAUCAUUUUCAGGUGUGUUGAAGCUUGGAUAACUUGAAGUAUUUACGUAUGUCCCUUCAAAAUCCACACAAAGGUGUUUGACUACAUAAUUUUUCAACUUGAACGUUGUCCAUAGGUUGCUGUUGGGGGCUGUCAGACCUACAUCACUAAAUAGGAAAUAUAUCUUGUGUAUCCCAUUACAAACAUGCAGCAAACUUGGUGUGUCAGCAUUAUAAGUAAAUGUUUAUGUUCUUGGCCAGUGAUACAUCAUAUAGCUCACAUUACAAUGCUACACUGUACUUACGGCUUGAUAUACUGCUAACAUUGUGCAUGGAAGCAUAAAUAUGUUUUUCGUAUUUGAAUGAAAUGUACAUAUAUGGAAUUAUUUGACCAAUGGGGAUAUAGGUACUCUGUCAGUGAUAUUUGUGUUGGUGUAUAAUGUCUGGUUAUUUGUAUAAUGGAGGGAAAAUCGGAACUUAAACCAUGUGUGUAAAUAGAGCUGUUGUGAGUUAAUAUGCUGCCAGGUAAACAUGGAUCGGGUGUAUUCAUGCAAUUCAUGCAUCGUAAGCAUUCAUAUUCAUCUGAAGCACUUUCAUGCAUCGGGUGUAUUCAUGCAUCUUAUGAAUCAAGUCACCAGAAGUGCUGUCAUGCAUCGGGUGUAUUCAUGCAUCUUAUGAAUCAAGCCACCAGAAGUGCUGUCAUGCAUCGGGUGUAUUCAUGCAUCUUAUGAAUGAAGCGACCAGAAGCACUGUCAUGCAGCAGAUGUACUUUUAUGCAUCUUUAUAUUUUUCAAAAGCGCUAUUGUGCAUCAGAGCGCUAUCAUAUUUGUGGAUCAUAAUGUAUCUAAAACAAAGGCAUAAUACCAUUUUGUGAUACCACACUGUGUGAAUUUAUUAUUUCAUGAAAUGAUAUUGAAAUAUUUCAAAGCAAUACAUAUUUUUAGAUCUAACUUACCAUCAUAUUUGUAUCAAUACAGGAAGUACUGGGACGAUAAAGCUAAUUACUGCACGUCAUUGACCAAGAUGUCAACAGUGCAGUGAAAGUGGUGACACAGGGUGAAGGGGAGGCUCUGUAAGUUUGUCCACAGUUUGUGGCGACGUAGGAAACUGGUGACAAAAUUCCCAAACUCCAAAUCCUAUUAGGAUGGAAACCUUCCAGAGAACAUGACUCACUGCCACACAAAACCUACAAAUAAUAAUUGGUCAGUGUCUUAUGGUAAGGUUUGUAAAGAGGUUUGUAGAUUAUAAAUAAGUCACAGCUGUCCAUGGCCAUAUGUCAAUAACUAGUUAAUAUAUGAGUAGCUAACACUGAUGUCUAACUACACCAUCAGUAGUUAACACUGAUUUAUCCCCUAAAACUGGCUCCCACAGGAGAUAUUGCUUGGGCUAGAUCAAGAGAUAUCUACAUUGUAGAUAUCGCUGCAAUGAAGGUGCAUCACAAUGCUUUGCAGACCAUUGUGACAUCAUUGGU